AUGGGAGUUUGUGUUUCCAAGGAAAAGAAAAAUAAAUCCUUUAAUUAUUCUACAAGGUCUUAAUUAAACCUUUAAAAUUUUAUGAUAACUUAAGAUAAACAAAACACUAUAUUAUAUCACUCAAUAAAAAUUCAAGCUGAAGUUUAACCAAAAGAAUAUGAUUAUACAAGUUAUCAAAACAUAUAUAUCUUUAGAUCCACAUAGGUAGUAUAAUGUAAUUCUAAAUGGAGUGGUUUUUGCAGUAGUCAAUUCUAUAGAGAGGUCUUUUGAUGAUGAACCAAUCAAUAAUGAUAAAUGA